CCAAACCCUAGCCGCCGCCGCCGUCGACCAGGUAAGGAAGGAGAGCCGCCGCCGCCGACCAGGUAAGGAAGGAGAGCCGCCGCCGCCAUGAAGCGCAACCCGGGCGUCACGAGCUCCCGGCGGAAGUGCCGCAAGGCGCACUUCACGGCGCCGUCGUCUGUCCGCCGCGUGCUCAUGUCCGCGGCGCUGUCGUCGGAGCUCCGCCACAAGUACAACGUGCGGUCCAUCCCGAUCCGCAAGGACGACGAGGUGCAGGUGGUGCGUGGCACCUACAAGGGCCGCGAGGGCAAGGUGGUGCAGGUCUACCGCCGCCGCUGGGUAAUCCACGUCGAGCGGAUCACCAGGGAGAAGGUGAACGGCUCCACCGUCAACGUCGGCAUCCACCCCUCCAAGGUCAUCGUCACCAAGCUCAAGCUCGACAAGGACCGCAAGGCCAUCCUCGAGCGCAAGGCCCGGGGCCGCGCCGCCGACAAGGCCAAGGGCAAGUUCACCGCCGAUGACGUCGCCGCCGCCGCCGGGGGUGCAGCCGCCACCGGCGCCUCGCUCCAGGAGAUCGAUUAAGCUCGUGGAUCUGCUGGUGCUCGCACUGCCCCUCCAUAUCUAGCCUUUUGUUUUGCUAUCAGCUGCUUCUGUUAGGAGUUCAUUCUACCUGAAAACUGCUACUUUAUCAUUGAAAAUGUCUCCAUGAGAGUUUUGGAUCCUGAUGUUGAUCACUUGAUCUAUAUCUAUGAUGAUGUGGCUCUGUCUGGGAUUUUGAGUUAUGAAGAAAUGAUUAUAACCUUAAUUGCUCA